UGACCUGAAAGGGUUGGAAUAUCUCAAUUUGAGACACCUGGUUGUAGUACGGCCUCUAGUUUCUCUGAAGGAGAUGGAAACCAUGUUUUUCAUGAUAGAGAUAAUAAGGGUUUUGAUGUGCUGGACGGUGCAGCCAGAAUUCAGUUUGGGCAGAUGGGAAGUCAAAUUGAUUCCAAAUUUGUAGAUGCUUCAUACAGCCAUACCUUGGAGAAUUUGGAUGUAAAAUAUGAAUCUGGUGGUGAUAUGAGAGGAACUAGGUCAGGAUCAUUAGGAGUACUGGAAAAUAAUGUGUAUUCAUUUUGUGUUGUGCCCUUCAGGGAUGCAGAUGUGGCUUCACAUAAUGUGGCUUCAACUGAUUCUACUAUCUGUCAUAUUUCUGAAGUUAUUAGCGAUGUUGAUGACCAUUAUUCAACUAUGCAAUAUUACAUGAGUCCAGAUAAUACAUUUUUGGAAGAUCCAUCUAGUUUCAAUUUCCUAUCUUUGCCCAGUAAUGAAGAAAUUACAACUAACAAAAGCGAUCUGGGGGAGUUUCCAACAGAGAGUGCUUGCUCAAGUAGUAGGAUGACUAUAAAUGCUCAAGGGGGAACAAGUAAUGGAUCUCUAUCAGAGUUAUCAUUGAUUGAUUGCUUUGAUGUAAAUGGACAGAAUUUUAGAUGUGAAGAUAGUAAUUAUUUUUCACCAAUCUACGGAAAUUCUCUAUCAGAUAUGGACAAUAGAAUUUUUGAUGGCAAGGCAUCUACCCAGUCACUUGGUUAUUCUCAUUCACAUUUUUCUAGCAAGAGACAAUCGGGUUGUGUCAAGGAUGAAGGAAAUGGUGAACUAAUUGCCUCUAGAAGCACGAUCAGUGGUUCUGUUGAACUGGUUGACGAAGUUGUCAGUAGAAAUUCUUCUUACCAUGACGGUGGCAAUUUUUUUGAUUACUCAAAACAGUUGUCUACUGGUGUAGCACCGACUUUGUCAAGUCAGAAGAAUGUGGUUCAUGCUAAGGAGGAGAAAGAAGGCAUGAUUAUUGAAUCUAAGAGAGCUCGACUUUGUCAAGAAACCAUUAAUGGAAGUUCUGCUAGACCUCUCAUUGAUGGUGGAGAUUUGAAUUUGCGUUUAAAUUCCUCGGGCCAAUAUUUUCCAGGUGCUCAGGCAUCUGUGCUAAACAAGAAACAGUUAAGUUGUUUUAAGGAAGAGAAGGAGGUUGAACUGAUUAAACCUAGGAGUAUGGGUUCCAAUAUUCCAAAAGUGAGCCCUGAGUCAAUUCACAGUAAUUCCUCUGAUUGCAAAUCUCUUGUUGAUGAUGACCUUGAUAUAUGUAUACUUGAAGAUAUCAGUCAACCUGCCCGCUCUAAUCAAUCUGUAGUACUUGGAAAGAGUUUUAAUAUGAAUCAAGCUUCUUGUUCAAAUGCAUUUGGAAAGCCUGUUGUUACACCAUACCACUCUAGUGAUACUUUGAAUUAUACUGGAGUGCCUCAAACUGGAUUUGGAGGUGUGAGGGUUAGGGCAUGUGACGAGCGGUUAAUUUUUCAAGCUGCACUGCAGGACCUUUCUCAGCCCAAAUCUGAAGCUAGUCCACCUGAUGGUGUUUUGGCAGUGUCUCUUUUGAGACAUCAGCGAAUUGCUUUGUCAUGGAUGGUCCAAAAGGAGACAUCUAGCUUGCAUUGUUCAGGAGGAAUUCUUGCAGAUGAUCAGGGACUGGGAAAAACAAUAUCAACAAUUGCACUUAUUCUUAAGGAAAGGCCUCCAACUUCUAAAGCAGAGAAUGUUAGCAAAUGUAAACUGGAAACUCUAAAUUUGGAUGAUGAUGACGACGACGACGACGAAGGUAAUGAAGCUUAUGAGCAUGAUGGAAUAAAGAAAGAAUCUGACUACUCUCCGGAUGGAAUAAAGAAAGAACCUGAUUACUCUCCAGUUAUGUCCAAUGGAAGUACAGGAAAGAAUUUAAACGCUCUGGGGCAUGCUAGGGGAAGGCCAGCCGCUGGAACUCUUGUUGUUUGUCCAACGAGUGUAUUGCGGCAAUGGGCUGAGGAGUUGCGCAAUAAGGUAACAAGCAAAGGAAGUCUCUCUAUUCUGGUGUACCAUGGAAGCAAUCGAACUAAGGAUCCGUCUGAGUUGGCCAAGUAUGAUGUUGUUAUUACGACAUAUUCAAUAGUUAGCAUGGAGGUCCCAAAGCAGCCCCUUGUUGAUAAAGAAGAUUAUGAUGAGAAAAUAAAGGCAGAAGUUGAUGAUGUUUCACCAAUGUAUUGGUCUGGCAAGAAAUUAAAAUACCCACCAAGUUCUGAUAAAAAAGGUAUGAAACGCAAGAAAGGAGUGGAUGGUAUGCUUCUUGAGAUGGCUGCUGGACCUCUGGCAAAAGUGGGAUGGUUUAGGGUUGUCUUGGAUGAGGCCCAAAGCAUAAAGAAUCACAGAACUCAAGUUGCUAGGGCUUGCUGGGGUCUCCGUGCUAAACGUAGGUGGUGCUUGUCAGGGACUCCUAUUCAGAAUGCCAUUGAUGAUCUUUAUAGCUACUUCAGAUUUCUCAGAUAUGACCCUUUUGCUGUCUACAAGUCAUUUUGUGCUACAAUAAAGGUCCCAAUUUCUAAAAAUCCGGUGAAAGGCUACAGGAAGCUGCAAGCUGUCUUGAAAACAAUUAUGCUACGUCGAACAAAAGGCACUCUUCUUGAUGGGGAGCCCAUUAUUAACUUGCCACCUAAAGUAAUUGAGCUUAAACAAGUGGAUUUUACGAAGGAGGAACGUGAUUUCUACAACCAACUAGAGAUUGAUUCACGUGAUCAGUUUAAGGAAUAUGCAGCUGCUGGAACUGUAAAGCAAAACUAUGUUAACAUUUUAUUGAUGCUCUUGCGCCUUCGUCAAGCUUGUGAUCACCCUCUUCUUGUCAAGGGGUUUGAUUCAAAUUCAUUGUGGAGAUCCUCAGUUGAGAUGGCUAAGAAACUUCCUCGGGAGAAACAAAUGUGCCUUCUCAAUUGUUUAGAAGCUUCUUUGGCAAUUUGUGGCAUCUGCAAUGAUCCCCCUGAAGAUGCUGUUGUGUCAGUCUGUGGUCAUGUUUUUUGUAAUCAGUGCAUCUGUGAACAUCUUACUGGUGAUGAUAAUCAGUGUCCCACAACAAAUUGCAAAGUCCGGCUCAGUGUGUCUUCAGUUUUUUCUAAAGCAACAUUAAACAAUUCUCUCUCACAGCAGACUGGGCAGGACAGUUCCACUGAUUUCUCUGGUUCUGAUUUGGUUAAGGCACAAGAACCUUGUUCUGACAGUUUCUCAUCAUCCAAAAUCAAGGCUGCUCUUGAGGUCCUGCAGUCACUGGGUAAACCGAGGGAACCUGCACUAUCAAAUAGUUCUUUACAGAAUUCUUUUGAUGAUAGCACGUGGUGCCUGGAAGAUUCACAUAACAUUCGUGCAGGAGAUUCACUUAACAAUGUUCCUGAUGAAAAAAGAUUGGAUGCAGAGAAAGAUUUAAAGGAUUCUAUUAAGGUAGUUGGAGAGAAAGCAAUUGUGUUUUCACAGUGGACAAAAAUGUUGGAUUUGCUUGAAGCUUGUCUUAAAGAUUCUUCGAUCCAGUACAGAAGACUUGAUGGAACAAUGUCUGUCGUUGCCAGAGACAAAGCUGUAAAGGAUUUUAACACCCUCCCAGAGGUGUCUGUCAUGAUUAUGUCUUUGAAAGCUGCUAGUCUAGGAUUGAACAUGGUUGCUGCUUGCCAUGUUCUGCUCUUGGAUCUAUGGUGGAACCCAACAACUGAAGAUCAAGCAAUUGAUAGAGCACAUCGUAUUGGACAGACUCGUCCAGUUACGGUAUUGCGGUUAACAGUGAAAAAUACAGUUGAAGAUCGUAUUUUGGCUCUCCAGCGAAAGAAGAGAGAGAUGGUUGCAUCAGCAUUUGGAGAGGAUGAAGCUGGUGGUCAACAGACUCGCCUUACAGUGGAUGACUUAAAUUACUUGUUUAUGGUGUGAUUAGGAGUUAACCAGGUUUGGCAGAUACCAUUUUGCUAACCCAUAUACAGUUCUAUAGGUUCUUGUUCGGAAUCUGCAGUUGUUACAGUGGCAGCUCCUUAGUGAAUCAACAUAGCCUCACUAAGGUUUCUGAAAGAAAAGUAGUAGGGGAAGGAAGCACUUUAGGAAGCACUUUAUAGAAGGUUAUGCCAAUAGUCAUGAAAAGAUUCACAUGAUUCUUUUUCUUGUCUUAAUUUUUUUUGUUUUUUUCCUAACAAUUGAUCUUUCUCCCUCUUCUUACCUCCCAUCACUUUGUAUAGUAUGUGAAGGUCAAUAGUAGUAUAUAGUUAGUAAAAUUACAGAUGGAUAUUCUUUCUUUUAAAGUGUAAAUGAUAUAGGGUUUCUUUCUUUUCCUUUGUUUUUAGUUUUUCAAUAUAUUUUUGUUGUUGCUCCCUUUCUGUUACAGAAAUGACCAAAUUUAGACCUUUGGUAAAAAUUGGUUAUAUUAGUGCAUUAUUGUUUACUUUUUAGUUUU